UGUUUUUAUGUCUCGAGCUGCCUUUGUAUGGGUGAAUGUGGUGAAUUUCAUUUGUCUCGCAGCUACUUUUUGGGGGUUCGGUAGCACCAGAACCGCUGGCAUACAGCUAGAAUGUACUAACGUUCGCUGCGGACCAGAUCGAACGCGGUGGUGGUCUGUAUCGUUGUAGUUAAGUGUUUUUUUUGCUUAGGAUGUUUCUACUGGAUUAAAAGAGGGGAAAGAUUUAUUUUAGCAAAGUCGCCAGUGAAAACAUCCUUAAAAGCUCGUAGUAAUCAACUUUCGUGAAUAUUAUUUAUAAGGACAGGUGAAUCCUGUGAAGAAGAAAAUCAAACUGCACCGUGUUUCAGGGUGGGAACAGUGGAAUGUGUGAAAAUAGGCAAAGAAAGUGCAUUAUGAAAACGUCAUAAAUUGACAAAAAUAGUUCUUUGAGGAUACUAAUCGUUUACGUAACAUACAUUGGCCCAAUGUUGUGGCAAAUCUCAUAGCCCUUUUUUAUUUGUUAGUAGUUUCGAUGUACCUUUUUAUUAAUAAAUUUCUUUCUCAUCUCAAAACCAAAACAAAUGCAGAGAAAUAGUGUGUGGCGGUGUCCUCGCAGGCUGAGUGGGGGGAUUCAAUCAAAAAAUCCGAUUUGUCAGACCGAUUGUGAACAGCAAUAGCUGUCUACACAACGACGUGGUCAGCUGCUAGUGCUUUAGAAGCGAAAGCAUAAAUCGGACUGCAGCCGGUUCUAUAGUUCGUGGAUAAGUGUGGCUUCCUUACUUAAUGCUGGAUCAGUCACGGUUAGGUUGACUGUGAGUGUCGCUGUGUACGUGCGUGUGUGUGAGUGAAAAUUUUUGCAGAAGAAAAAAAAGGCAAUCGAAAUUCUUGCGGCUGUAAAGUGGCUGUAAAGUGAGCACAAGCAGCACAGUUUAACACACAGGCCGUAACCGUUACGUCAAACAAGUGAUCGUGGCGUCAUCCGGCGACAGUGGUGCUGCACCAGCGGGCGAACAAUCGAACGCCCUGCUCUCCAAACUAGGCAGCUCGCUGUUCGGGGCCACCGGUUCGCCCCAGAAGGUGGUCACCAAUAUCCGUGGAUUCCUUUCGAACCGGCUGACCAGCGUUUCGAUCCCCGACACAGGUUGCCGCCAUCUUGGACAACGAUCGUAUCCCCCCGUGUCUUAAAGCCAUCGUAAAACGUUUUCUGCACUCCCGAUUGUAUGUGUGACGUACGUGCAAAUGAAUAAACGAUAAAGCUAUGUGGUGAGAUCGAACCACAUCGUCCACUGUGAUCUAGAUACGGUCAAACAGACGGGUAGUACACGCACACACUCAUCACAUACGACAUGAUCCAGCAAGUGUGUGAUCUUUAUCAGCCCAAUCAAACAGUUGUGCGUUUGAGGCUACCAUCAAUCACGUUUAGCAGUGCCUAAGACACACGAGAAGAUCCAGAAAACCGAGGCACACCUAGAAUCUGACAGGUACGGGGGGCGAUUUCAUCAAAGUCAUCUCCGCAGAAGUUCUUCGGAUCAGGCAGGCAGGUGGUCGGCGACACUUAUUUGACAUACUGAGGAAUCGGAACGAUCGCAGACAGCAAACAUGGCACCGUUACCCGUAAUUAAUCUCGAACCGAGCGAGGUGAAGGAGAUCUUCUGGACCAAAGUGAAGGAACCACAGUCGCAGCGUAAGCUGAUUCUCGUGAUCGUCUCAAUCGCACUGCUGCUAGAUAACAUGCUGUACAUGGUGAUCGUGCCGAUCAUACCGGACUACCUACGGUAUAUUGGUACUUGGGGUCCGGAAGAACCGUACAAUAUGAGUGCCCCCACCACCGUCUUUACACCGCACGCACAUUCACACCAUGGACAAGAUUCGGCCACCGGUAUCCUGUUCGCCUCGAAAGCCAUCGUGCAACUGAUGGUCAAUCCAUUCUCUGGCGCACUUAUCGAUCGGAUCGGAUACGAUCUCCCGAUGAUGGUGGGACUGAUCAUCAUGUUCCUCUCCACGAUGGUGUUUGCCUGUGGGCGUAGCUACAGUAUGCUGUUCUUCGCCCGUUCCCUACAGGGCGUUGGGUCGGCCUUUGCCGAUACUUCCGGUCUGGCCAUGAUUGCUGACCGGUUUACGGAGGAAGCGGAACGUACAAAGGCUCUCGGCAUUGCACUAGCAUUCAUUAGUUUCGGUUGUCUAGUGGCACCCCCGUUCGGUGGUGCAUUAUACCAGUUCGCCGGUAAGGAGGUUCCGUUCGUCAUUCUAGCGCUAAUAUCAUUGAUGGACGGAUUCAUGCUACUGCUUGUGAUGAAACCAAUCAAAGAGCAGCUGGCCGAUCGACACGAAGUAAAACCACCAUCCGUACCGAUCUGGAAACUGCUGAUGGAUCCGUACAUUGCCGUUUGUGCCGGUGCACUCAUGAUGUCUAACGUGGCACUCGCUUUCCUGGAGCCCACCAUAUCACUCUGGAUGGAGGAUAAUUUGACGACGGACAACUGGAAGAUUGGAAUGGUCUGGUUGCCAGCCUUCUUCCCACACGUAUUCGGUGUGAUCAUCACGGUCAAGAUGGCAAGGCAGUACCCGGAAAAGCAAUGGUUAAUGGCGGCCGGAGGACUCGCACUGGAAGGCCUUUGCUGCUUCAUCAUUCCCUUCAGCUCGUCCUACAUCAUGCUAAUGAUACCAAUCUGUGGAAUCUGUUUCGGGAUUGCGCUAAUAGACACAGCUCUACUGCCUACGCUCGGCUACCUAGUAGAUAUACGGUACGUCUCAGUGUAUGGUAGUAUCUACGCCAUUGCGGACAUCUCGUACUCAUUAGCGUACGCUGUUGGUCCGAUUGUUGCCGGCGGUGUGGUGGAAACGAUUGGCUUUACAGCCCUAAACUUCCUAAUAGCAUUCUCGAAUCUGUUGUACGCACCGGUUAUGUCUUAUCUGCGCAACAUCUACGACUUUAAGCACUUCGAAAAUGAAGCGAACGUACUGAUGGGUGAUCCACCGACGAAGGAAUACCAGACAUAUACCAUGCACGAUCAGCAGGUAGUUGGUGAGGAGUACAAAAAUCAUCUAGAGUACGGACGUCAAACGGAUGAUGGUAAUUAUCAGCAAGAGACCAAUAUCGACCAAGGAUACUCUCAGAAUGGUAGCUAUCAGCAACAACAGCAAGGUGGCUACCAAAACUAUCAACCCGGGUAUCAGGAGCAGGGAGGUAGCGUCUAUCAACAGCAACAACAAGCUCCACGGCAUCUUCCACAGCAACCUCAGCAGGUUGCCAAUCCGUUCCGACACGGGGAGUCUUCAGGACAGCAGCAGCAGCAGCAGCAACAACAGCAACCGGCUCCGUCUCAAUCGCGAGUCUCGAAUCCAUUCCGGCAAGGCUUUUAAGCAGCUACAUCAACGACUUCUUUGGAAUGCUUGAUCGCAGCACAACGAUCAGCGAUCCACAGCGCCCUCUUGUGCUACCGAUAGGUUAACUGUUGUUAUGCUUCGCUUUCUUCGAUAAAGAAGCUCUAGUUAGAAGACAAAAUGGUCACAUCUAAGUGUCCAACAAUGGACUACGUAGCAACACAGCUGCUACUUACACACGACGGACGGGAAUGACAGCUAGCAGACAUAAUCUAGUAUAAGGAAACGUUCUCAGGCGGAUACGCCAGCUAGUCAGUGCAUUCUCGCGGGAAUCAUGGCAAGGGUUCAUUCAAAUUGCAUCAAUAUCAUAGACAUAUCAACCCAAGCGUAACGUUCUAUUCGGGUGCAAGGCGAGGAAUUCCACCGACCCCUGCAAUGGACUGGCAAGCGUGCGCAUCCAGUCUCGGGAACAAGUUAAGUUCUUUAUGAAACGCUUCUGUUCAAAACAUUUUCACUAACGUAAGACACAACCAAGGUAACGAUACAUAUCAGAGCUUCGUGCUCGCCUGAAUUUACCAAAAAGUGAUAUUAUAUAGUGGAAGAGUUAUUAUAUCAAGUAGUAAUUUUAAGUGAUCCCCACAUCACCUCAAUUCAAGUGUGGCUUUUCGAGCAACGGCCCCAAUGGGCACUGUAUUUGUCUAAGCCUUGUCGACAAAAAAACACACGCGUUUCGGGGGAGGGGAGGAGAUACGGGAUUACACAGUCUCUACAUAUAGUAGUGGGUAGGAUAUAGUAUAAAGGAGUAAGUACUCUAUUCUACUAUUUGUUCUUUCUCCAUCUCUCUCUCUCUCGCUCUCAGCCUAUCUUACUCUAUCGCACGUACGAAACAUUGUACACACUCAGUUUUUUCCCCUGUACAUCGCAUUAAAGUACACUCAUCAAUGAAAUACACGUUGUUGCGUUGCGUUGGUCAUAGAGGACAGGUUCAGGGGAGCAGGAAUAAACUUACAACCAUGCUCAGGAUGUCCUUCUUGGACAUGGUUGUGGUGUGUUCCAUCACCGAAACAAUCUAUCCACUGACCGAAAGUCUCUAAUGGUAUCAAUUAAACUAGUUUACAGUUCGUUCGCACCGUACAAAAAAGGAUGCAAACAAGGAAUGGGCCCUGUGCUUGAGUGAGUGCUCACUCCAUGCUGCUCAGCACAUACCAAUCCAGAACUGCUCUGUAACAUGUAACCGGGAAACCGAAACAAAGGAACUAUACUUACUCACGUGUAACUAUUACGGUAUAACAUUUACAAAAAACUAAGGCAAGACGACGUAACGGAGGACCCGUGCGCGAAUUCAACAAGAUAUAUUAACGUAUUCAUAUUUAACUGUGUGUACACGCAUCAGCUUUUGUGUAAAAUUUAUCCCUGCCCAGCUGAACAGCACCGAUCAAAGUCGAUUAGAGUUUGGAUGUAUUAUACACCGAUCAUGCUUUAUACAUCUGUCCUCGUGCGUUCUCUAUUUAUAGGAAUGAGGAACAUAUUUAUGACAAUUAUCAAUAUCACAAUCAUAUCAGAGAGAGAGAUCAGCGUAUAUUGUAUCGAGCAAGUUGAGGAGCAAGUAUGGACAGGUGGACAGCAAAGUUAUGCAAAACGAUAAACUUUAUCCUGUAAGACUGGCAACCGACAAAAAUGUAUGCUUUUUUCCACAUCAGUAUCGGCAAAUGUGUUUUGCUUUGGUAGCGGGAUAGACUACACAAUCAAUGCCUGCAGUACUUAUUGUUAUAGUUUAGCAUUUUUCCCCCUGUUUCGUAUCACACAUUUCACGAAAACGUUCCUUUUUUGUACAUUAUUUUCGCUGCGUUCACCGUACCCAUGUUUAGGCUACUUAGCUAUAAAGGGCGGCGGUGUACCCUCAGAAGUACUUACUAAAAAUGCAAAUGGAAACGAAAGCGAUCUAAUUUGUUUGUAUAUAUUAAACCGGUACCAUUUUUCGCGCGGUCGAGAUACACUCACCAAACGGUUAUAUGGUUAACCGGGACUCACACUAAUCAACACAAUUAAUGCUAGUUUUUUAAGUAUAUCAAGCGGUGUUGCGUGCGAUCUGUGCCGUGGGCACACUACUGAAACGCUAGUGACAGUGGCAACCGCCCCUAACACGUAAAGCACUCGAAAAAGUAUCGUAACGAAGGUAAGAAAUGUAUGCUAGACAAACCGAAGAAUCGGCUCAUCGUAUGGACGGGCAUCUACGGGUUGAGUGUACAGAUCAGAUUGUAAACUUGGCCAUGUAAGACGCAUCCGUACAUGAUAGCCCAUGUACCAUAGUAGACUGUACCGGGCAGAGGAGGCGAGAUGUGCAAAAGGUACGAUAAUUGUAGAUUAUUAUAACGAAAGCAAACUAAAGGCUCUCCUCAGUUCUGUUGUCGCGAUUAGCUCCAAUGUUAUCGAUUUUUGUACCGGAAAGGGUUUUCUCCUAACGACUUCCCCGUUACAGCAUUGAAGCGUCUCGAGAAAUCAUAAACUUUCGCCCAGAAAUCCCGCCAGAAACACUCGUCUCAACGUAUUACAAUGUAGAGCGCACAAAAAACGCUAAAUUUUAUUCGCGUUUUCCUCAUUUAUUCAACCCAUCUUGUUUGCAUCUUGGGACGUUUUCUUUUUAGCAGCAUUCCCUUCUUAGCGGUAAGAUCCGCUCCCAUAAAAAAAAACUAGAUAGAAGGAAAUUCAAAAUUAAAAAAAAACUUUAGCUCUUACUAGCGAGAAAUAAAUUCACGAAUUAGAAUCGUAAGAACGAACAAGUACUUUAUUUCAAAUGACAGCGGUGUAUUAGGAGCAAGUAAAAAAAGAAAAAGUUGCAAAGAAAACAAAAACAACAACAGAAAAGCAAUAUAAACAACCCACAGGAUAAAGAAAAAAUAAAAUAAAACAACAGAUAAAAACUUGAUCUAAAGGGGAACGAUAACUGCUGUUCGUGUUUUGCGCUGUUUCACCACGAACAGUAUAAAGUUAAAUGUAAAAAUGAUGAGAAACGCCGUGUGUGAGGCGAACGAAUAACCUAUAACUAACCUGUGCCUAGCUGUUUAUCAACAUGUUCAAUACAAAAAAAAAAUCCAACAAAUUUCACUGGUUUAGGUAUAAAUUGAUUUGAGUACUAUUCAGGAUUUUAGUACAGAUUUCUUUUAACGAUCCAUAGGUGAUCAUUAUUUUAUUCGAUUUAUUUGUUUUGAAUCGUAAACUAAAGUCAUAUAUAUGUGUUAUUUCUCUCAUGAACCUUCACUGUUGAUAUAAUGGAAAACAAAACUUACUCCAUCGCUUACCGGAAUCGUAUAUCUUAAAGCGUAAAGAGUCUGUGUUACAAAAACCCUCAACUACAUGUUGGUGACUCGUAAAUGUUCUUCAAAUUUUAAAUCGUUACAAACAAAAAAACGCUCCUUAACCGAAUUCCACACACCCUGUCAAAACGUGUUUAGUAGCUAAGUGAACAUAUAUUGUUGAAUGUGUAGUAUUAUUGCAUUAUGAACCAGAAAGGUGAACAGAAGAACAAGCUAAAGUAAUUCAAAAGCAAACAAACACAAAUCAACGCAACACCACGAAACUAAAGUUGCGGUGGCAUGAAAGUAUUAUAAAUACAUUUACACACAGCAGUAACAAACAAAACAAAACAAAAACAAGGAAAAGACAUGUUAUGCAAAACAUAUAAUGAGAGGGAAAUAUAUUAAAACCCACAACAACAAAAAACCACAACACGUGUAUCCCCAACACAGCUAUGUAUUGCAGCAUUAAAUGUAGUUUUUAGUGGUGAUCAAAAAGUGAAACCCCUAAACAACAACAAACGAACAAAAAAAACAACCAUCACUUGUUAGUAUGCAAAGUUCUAGUUAAUAUUGUAAAGUCAAAACCUAACUAACCUAUAAAUGGCUUUCGAGUAAGUGUGUGUGUAUGUUCUAGCUCAGUGCUCACUGAACGUGUAAUUGUUGUUUCGAGAAGGAUUCACCCUUUGUUGAUUAUUAAUAUGCUAUCCUUUAAGUGAUAUUUCGUUACAAACCGCGAUAUAAAAAAGUUCUGUUAAUCAUCAAUCUUUGUAACAUAUUGAUCAUAUCGCAAGGUGGCAUAAUGUUUGUCCAGAUAAAUUGUUGAUUCUACUCAAUAGCAAAUAGUUGUUUCUGUUUUAUUUUCCAUAUUUUUUCUUUCGACCUAAAAUGCGUUAGACAUUCAAUGCGUUACAAAAAGUUUUAUCAUAAUUUAAAAACAACGGAACUGACUUUAAAGCUCUUUUUUUAUUGAAAGUGGGUAAAAACAAAACAAAAACCCUAACAAAAUGUAGAUGUCCUUCGUCGAAAUUAUGUACAUAGUUGUUCGUUUUCCGUUAAGAAGAAUGAAUGUAAAAAAAAACAGAGAAGAGAAGAGAAAAACAUCGACGGUGAAAUGUGCCGGGUCCUGUGUAAUAUUUAGUAUCCGCUUGUUAAGCGCUUAGUUUAAGAGCUUUUUGUUGCUCGUUUGUGUAUUACCAUAUUACGAUCUCUAGUAAAUCUGUCUUGUUUUGAUUUUUUUCGAUUGAGUUAAAAUAUUUUAAGUAACUUCUCACAAAUUUAAAUAUUGAAAUUUUAAUUGCAAAAAUACGAACUUUUAUCCAAAUAGCACAACAACAGAAAAUAUGUUUUCUUUUCCAUUAAUAUGCAAAUUUUAAGUUCGCGUUUUUUUUAUUUUUUCUUCAUUCUAACUUAAUUAAAAUGAAAAAUUGCAAAGGAUAAAAAUUAUGAUAUGAUAACACACUCAAAAAAAACCACACACAUACAACUAUAUAUAAAUAUAUAGCGUACAAGAGCAGUUCCGUCUAGCGGACAGUAUGGACACAAGUAUUGACCCCACCCGCUCGCUCGCUCCCAAAUUUUAGCAAUUACCAAUCGAUAAACAAAUCAUAUGAGGCGUAUUAUGAAAAAAAGCUAUACACAAACUCGGCAAAAAAGAUGGAGACGUGUAAACACACACAAAAUGGCAUAUACAGAAGCAUAUUAAACGUAUACACCGCUAUGCUAACAUAAAACCGGAAGCGAACGGUGAACCGAGAACUUACAUGGAAGGUAUAGGAGUUAUAUUACAAAAAAUAUAGAGAAACAAAUGAAACGCAUUAUGCAUUAUAAGUAUCAGCAGAUGGGACGAGGAAUAGAAACAACUCUGUUCACACGGUGACAGUAUCGAAAUCGAACGUACGGGAAAUAUUACCUUAAUCUUAGUAGUAACACAACCACAACGUCAAACACACACUCAGACCAACCGCCAUAGUUGUUUUAUUGUUUUGAACCAUUUGUACGGUUGCACCCCGUUUACAGUAGUGACAUUACAGUGCAAAAGAAAGCAAAAAAAGGCAGAUACAAAACCAAAGCACACCAAAAUGCAAACAUAUCAAUGGUAAAAAUCACGUUCAACAACUACCUAGUAAACAACCCCGUAUAUAAUAUCAGUCCUAGGACAUAAGACAAAACAAAAAGAGAAAAACACACCCCCAGAUGGCAGUACUAUCGCCUAGACAGCAAAAAUCGUAAACCAAAAAAAAAGCAAACAAAUCUCACAAAUAAGGGUAAUAGUUGGUAAUAGUUGUAUUUUAAUGGUUAUUAAAUCGAUUUCAACACGAAUGGUAUGAUCGUUUACAAAAACCCGGUUCGAGUUUGGGGGUUGGGUGGGAUACAAACGAGCCCAGAACGAUGUAAAACAGAAAAAGGGGGAAAAGAACGAGAUAAAAAGGGUAAAGCUCGUUUUUUGGCGAAGCUUCAGUAUUGUAACUUUACCCAACACCAUUGGGAAAGAGGGAAAACACGAGAAGGUAGGUGUGCUACCUACGGGUACACCAAAUGGUUCGAUGGGUUCGAUGGACGUGUAAAACGAAGAUGGUAAUAAACUGAAAUAAACAUAUUUAGUUCGACAUUAAAAUAUAACCUA